GAGAACAAAUAUGUGUUAAAGUGACUAGGCAAUAUUAUUAACAUAACAUAUGGGUGUCGCAAUAGUAAAUCAUAUUUUAGUAUGCUAUCGUCUGCCCUGAUUUUGCUGCACUAAAUAUGAUUGGUUUUAGGCGAUGCGCGUAAAAUAUACGUUUUAAUAUCUCUCAUACGAGAGAAGUGGGUCGAAAUAUGUUAAUUUUUGUGAUUGUGUUUUUGUGUGACUUAUGUUACUUGAAAUAUAAAUACUUUGGAUAAUUGUCAAAUGGAUGGCUAAAAAAUAAGCAAUGCAUUGCUCAUUAUUAGUAUAUAUUUAUGAAAAGGAACAGUAUAUGAUAUAUUUUAAGCAACUUAUUUUACUAACUUAGUAACUGUAUGGAGUGAAAACGCCUUCGAACCAGUCAAAACGGGAUUUUACUUUCAGUGAAUUGUGGUUCUAAGCACGCUCCUAGAAACAGAUCACUACGAGAGCCUAAUAAAGGACCUAACGUGUACAAAAUGUAACAAAUAUAUGAAGCCUCCAAUAUAUCUAUGUGUGGAUGGACAUAGUAUAUGUGGGCUCUGCUAUGAGAAGAGCUACCAAUGUCAUGUUUGCAAGAAAGAGUUCGCGCUGAUCCGAUCUCAGAUUUUAGAGUCAUUAGCGAAUAAAAUGAUGUUCCCCUGCACCAACGAGGGAUGUCCGAAGCACGCAAAUCUUGCGUUGCUCGAGAAGCAUAUUGCACAUUGUCAAUAUCGGAUCAUAAAAUGUUUUAUGGCUAGAGUUUAUGGUGAGUGCAUAUGGGAAGGCAGAGCUGGAGAAUGGAUGGACCACUGUUUUGCUGAACAUAAGGAGAAGGUUACUGACCUACCUUUCAUCACUGUCAACGACAAGUGGAAUGGAAAACGGACGGAGCCGGUCCUAAACUACUUCCUACUGAAAUGCUAUGAGAGAAUUUUUAACGUUUAUCAAAUAUAUGACAGAAAAGGCGAAGGAAGAAUGAUGUGGACAGUUCUGGUAAAUGACGAUCAAGCUGAGAAAUUCUAUUUUGAGGUCGACAUAUUUCUGCCUAAUGUUCCAAGCAAGAGAAUCGUGUAUAGACGUCCUUGUAAAUGCGAAAAGGAUGCUGAUUUUCUGGAGCAUACACAAAACGUCUUCAUUCCUAUUGAAAAUAUAUUUUCCAUGCUGGACGAAAGUGAAUCAAUUAAUUUCACUGUUCGAAUUGGUGAAGUGGAAAACUUGCCUCUUUUCGAAACGCCCACAGCAAGUGAGAGCCUUAUAUUGCUAAACAGCGAUUACAAAGAAGAAGAAUAGAUAUUUGUACGGAUUUAAUAUUUUGUGUGUAUUAACUAUGCAUUCCUGAUUGGCGUGUACUUGCUUUGUGUACGUGUUUUUAAAUUUCAUAUAGAAAUGGAAAGUUUAGUCCCUUCCCGUUUAGUCA